AUGGCCUUUCAAUCGAUGUUAUCCGGGGCCGAAUGUUCGGCCUCAAACAAUACACUCUCGCAGUUUCUAAAGCAUACGCAGACAGAUCGGUCUCUGCAGCAGGAUGCGAUGCAAGGACAGCCGGGCUUGGCGACGCGGCCAGGUUUUCGGACGCGGCCAGGUCCGGGCGGUGCGGCUGGUGAUAUGGAAGCUUUCAUGCGGCAACGUGAUGCGCCGGGUAUGCCGUUUGAUAUGCAGGCGAUGCGCGCGGAGAUGGACUCGAUGCGAGCCGGUCUCGGUGGACCCCAGCAGCUUCGGCAGCCGAGUGGCGGCGCACCCAAUGCAUGGGCGCAAGAAAUGCAGCAGCACGCACCUGCCAAGGCAGGUAUGGGCGCCAGUACCGGAUGGAGUGAGCAAUUCCAGCAUGGUGUGCCGGCGGGCGGCGCCGGGCCCAUGUCGUCGAUGAUGCGGGAGGAUGGUAUACCUGCGCGGCAUGGCAUGUACGGCGGCAGCGGUGCUGGGAUGUAUAUGGGCGCCGGCCCCAUGGGUAUGCGUUCGUUCAUGCCCCGUCCACCCAUGGCGCAGGAAACGCAUACAUCUACGAUGCCGGACCGUAUCGUAGAGCUGGACCAAGCCAAAUGGGACGAGCAGUUCCGCAAACUGGAAGAAGAAGCAGCGGCGGCCGAGGCACAAACCGCCGAUGCCAAGGGCAAGGGCAAAGAAGCCUUGACGGAGGAAGAAGAACAGGGCCUGAAGGAAUUGGAAGAGAUGCGUGCACGGCUGCAUGAUGAAGUGCAGGAUGACAACCCACGCUUUGAAGAGCUGUGGAAUGCGCUGAAAGAUCCCAGUGUGCUUGAAAAGUCGGAUGAUCUGGCCAAGUGGGAGGAGAAGCUCAUGGAGGCCAUUGCCGCAGAGGAUCCUUUGAACUCGACGCACCCUGGUGGUGGCCUUGGCCCGGGCGCGCUGGGGCUGGAGGAGCUGGACGGUCUCGACGAGACGGAAGCACGACUGCGUCGCGAACUGGGCGAUGUGGACGAGAAUGGAUUCCCGCUGCUGGGCACGUACCAGUUUGACGAGACGAAUCCGUACAUCGACCAUAAGACGCCGUAUGCGGAGGGAAUGCGCCUCGUUGAAAACAAUGGUAGCCUUACUGAUGCGGCCUUGUUGUUUGAGGCUGCCGCGCAGCGCGAUGCAGAACAAGUUGCUGGAGACGAGCUGGAGCUGACACGCGCCGAGCGGUCGCGUGCGUGGCAGAGACUGGGCGAGUGCCAUGCGAUGAACGAGCAUGAAGAAAAGGCGAUUCAGGCGCUGGAAGAGGCACUGCGCAUUGAUGCUAACAACCUAGAGGCGUACAUGUCUCUCUCAGUGUCGUAUAUCAACGAGGGCUACGACCAAGCAGCAAACAACACGUUGCUGCGUUACAUUGCUCGCUCGCAUCCUCAUAUCGCGCCCCACAGCGAAUUCCCUACGCUGAAGGACGAGGCGGUGAACCCAUGGGCCCGGCUGAACUAUGUGCGUGAGCUCUUCCUCAAGGCAGCGAGGGAAAAUGCGGCGCAAGGGCGCAUGGACCCAGAUAUUCAAAUUGGCCUAGGCUUGCUCUUCUACUCGAGCUCCAGCUACGACCAAGCGAAAGACUGCUUCCAGGCGGCCCUGGAGUCGCGGCCCAACGAUUGGCAGCUGUGGAACCGAUUGGGCGCGACGCUCGCGAACGGCGGCAACCCAGAGAUGGCCACAGAAGCGUACCACAAGGCAUUGGAGCUUCGGCCUACGUUCACGCGCGCCAUCUACAAUUUGAGUGUUUCGUGCUUGAACCUGGGCGCCCACCAUGAGGCAGCUGAGCACUUGCUGUCCGCCUUGACGCUCCAGCGUUCGCAGCCGAUCCCGGAUGCGCCUGAAGGCACGAACCAUAUGCCGCCGCUAUCGCAUGUGCAGGAAAGUGAAAGUCUCUGGAAUACGCUACGAAGCAUUAUGGUCAUUAUGAAUCGCAUGGACUUGGCCAACCAGUGUCAUGUCGGCUCGGACCUGGCGCCGUUCCGCCAGGCCGGCUUUGAAUUUUAA